AUGAAUACUCCAAGUACUCCCCAAUCGCGCUCUGCCUCCAGAGCAGCAGCCGAAACCACCAAACCCAUCACACCAUCACAAAUCCCUCUCCCCUCCACCCCAACCCCAACCGCAAUCUCGAACCCAAAACCAGCCACCGAAGUCCCUCUCCCAGAAACACCCAUCCCGGAUCCAAUAUCCUCCGUCGAAAAACUUAAACUCGCAGCGAAGAUUCCUCUCCCGGAAACGCCGACGCCUGCUGCCGCAACUUCUGAGCGGAGGAUGAACGGUGCAUUUGCGAUUGCUCCUGAGACUACCAAGGUUCCCGAGGUUCCUUCUGAAGUCGCUACCAAACUAACCCCUUACCUUCCAAGCAAGCCUCCAAGCAAACCCACACCUUCAAUCCUCCAACACUCAACCCCCACCCCGGAAAUCUCCCCCUUAAAACUCGCUCCCACUCCAACCCCCGCUCCAACCCCCGCUCCCACUUCUCAAUCACAAUCUCAUCUCUCAGAUUCCUCGACUUCUUCAAUUGCUCAAGCUGAAUCUAUUGAUCUAGGAGAGGUACCUUUACUGGGAAAGAAUAAGAAAAAGGAUAACUAG